AUGUGGAUAAAGAAAGAUAAAACAAAGACUGACAAGGAAGAAGAAUUUAUACUUGUUCACCCAGAUGCUGGAGUGCAGAGCCACUGUCGGGAAAGUGAGAGAGAAAGGACAGUUAACAGUGGGGUGGCAUGUGAAUAUUAUUAAUAGUAUUAUUAAUAAUAGUACUUCACUGAUUUAACAUUGCUCUCCCAUAACAUGGAUUGUCUGCCAAGGUUUCUCUUUUUCCAACUGGAUUCCAACGUUCAGCAAGUGGUGACGAUUCUUCUGAAUAAACAUGAGACUUUUAACAGGAACCCUGGAGGGGUUCUUUCCUCCCACCUACAGCUGCAGCAUGCAUCCAGCAGGUGGAGAGCUUCUGGAGAAAACCCUACAGGACAAAAUGAAGACGACAGAGUAUUCUUUGGAGAAGAACGAUACUCAAGGAGUCUCUUUUAAGGAAGAUGGUUUCCGACGGAGAACUGAAUCUGUGGCCUCCGGUCCAGAACAUACUGAUUUGGAUAAAAGUGAAACAGCGGACCCUUCUCGAUUCAGAAAAUACCACCAGAGCCUUCAGACCCUCAAACCUUUCCGCUGCUCCUCAUCACAGUCCCACCCUCUGGACAAUGCGGGUUUCCUGUCCUUUACAACCUUUGCCUGGAUGACCCACAUGAUGUGGGCCAUUUUCAGGAAUAAGCUGGACCUGAGCUCUCUCAACCUGUCUCCUCUGGAUGCUGCCCACACCAGUGGAGAAAGGCUCCACAGACUCUGGGAGGAAGAAGUGGAAAAGGUGGGCCUGGAGAAGGCCUCUCUGGUUCGGGUGAUCCUUCGCUUUCAAAGAACCCGGCUGAUUGUGUCUGUCAUUAUUGGGGUCCUUUCCAUGGUGGCAGCAUUUUUUGGCCCGGCUGUUCUGGUCUAUCAGAUACUAAAUUAUACUGAUAACCCAGAGUUGUCCACAACGUCCCACGGUGUUGGUCUGGCCUUCGCUUUGUUCACCUCAGAGUUCUUCAAAGCCUUCCUAAUAUCUUUGCUGUGGGCUUUAAACCUGCGCACUGCAGUCAGACUGAAGGGUGCCUUCUCUUCAAUGGCCUUCCAGAAAGUGAUAUCCCUCCGGGUGCACAGCGGCAUUUCCAUGGGAGAGAUGAUUAAUGUUUUGACCAACGAUGGACAUAGAAUAUUUGAGGCAGUAUUGUUUGGAAGCUUUGUGCUGUGUGCCCCAGUCCUCUUUAUUGUGUGUAUCGUCUAUGCCUGCUAUAUUCUGGGCUACACUGCACUGACUGGAGUCUGCACCUACCUCAUCUUCAUCCCCAUACAGUUUUUCCUAGCCAAGCUCAUUAACAAAUUCAGGUGGAAAGCUAUAUUGAUAACAGACAGCCGCGUUCGCACAAUGAAUGAGAUUCUCAACAGCAUCAAACUUAUCAAGAUGUACGCCUGGGAAGAUUCCUUUGAGACAAAGAUUGCAGGCUUAAGGAAAACUGAGAAGAAACACUUACAGAGUGUCAGCUAUGUCCAGAACAUCAAUACCAGCAUCACCAGCAUCAUUCCCACCCUCGCCACCGUUCUCACCUUCAUUGUACACACUUUGUUGGGCCUAGGUCUCAGCACGUCCGAUGCCUUUACCACUAUUGCCAUCUUCAACUCCAUGAGGUUCUGCCUGGCUUUGAUGCCCCUGUCUGUGAAGUCCCUGGCUGAGGCUGCUGUUUCACUGACACGACUGAGGAAAAUAUUGCUGAUCCAGAAUCCAGAGCCCUACCUGAUGCUGAGGGAAGACAGUGGCUCGGCCAUAGUGAUGAAAAACGCCACACUUUCAUGGACCAAACCAUACAGCUCGCCAGACUCGCCACCCGGCUCAGCCAAUGGGGUGAUUGGACACAAAGUGGAUGAGAUGUCCCAGAAUGGGAAGACUGAAACCUUGCCAGCCCUGAGGAACAUCUCCUUCACACUGCCUAAGGGCAACCUGCUUGGUGUCUGUGGGAAUGUGGGAAGUGGAAAGACAUCACUGAUUUCCAGCAUUUUGGAACAGAUGCAUCUUCUGCAGGGCUCCCUGACAGCUGAUGGGACAUUUGCCUAUGUUUCCCAGCAGGCCUGGAUAUUCCAUGGAACUGUUCAAGAAAACAUCCUGAUGGGGGAACCAUUUGAUCAGACCAAAUACGAAAGAGUUGUGGAUGUCUGCAGCCUCAGAGCUGACCUGACAAUCCUCCCAUAUGGUGAUCAGACGGAGAUCGGAGAAAGAGGGCUGAAUCUGUCAGGGGGACAGAAGCAGAGGAUCAGCCUGGCCAGAGCUGUUUACUCCAAUAAGGACAUCUUCCUCCUUGACGAUCCGCUGUCUGCUGUCGAUGCCCAUGUGGGGAAGCACAUUUUUGAAGAAUGCAUUAAGAAGGAGCUGCAGGGAAAAUCCGUCAUACUGGUUACACACCAGCUGCAGUAUCUGGAGUUCUGUGAUGACAUUUUGGUGCUGGAGGAUGGUGAGGUGCGGGAGGCUGGAGACCACCAGGCCCUGAUGAAGACCAAUGGACGCUACGCUCAGCUCAUCAGCAACUACCAGAUGGAACAGGCCAAAACUCAGAAAGAGGAGGAUGAAGUGUCACCCCAAGACGUUGCCCAGCUGAAGGAAGUUGAGCUAAGAGAUAGCGCAGACAGUGGUAUAGUAAACCCAGCAUUUGACAUGUCAGAUGAAAAGGAUGAUGGAGUGACAGCUGACCAAAAAUCUGCAGUCGGUGACCAGCUGGUCAGUCAGGAGACCUCCACAGAAGGUUCCAUCUCCUGGAGAGUCUACCAUCAAUACUGCCAGGCAGCUGGAGGCUACUUCGUCACCUUCCUCACCAUCCUGAACAUCGUCCUGAUGAUCGGAUCUACAGCCUUCAGCAACUGGUGGCUCAGCUUCUGGCUGGGGAAGGGUAAUGGGACGUCACCUCAGGGCGACAUCUCAGAAAACCCAGACCUGUCGUUUUACCAACUUAUUUAUGGUGUGAUGGUGGUUGUCAUGGUCAUACUUGCCGUCAUCAAAUGCUUCUUCUACACUCGGGUCACGUUGAAUGCCGCCUGCAAAUUUCACAACACAAUGUUCAAGAAGAUUAUCGCAAGUCCCAUGAGUUUCUUCGACACGACACCAACUGGCCGCAUCCUCAACCGCUUCUCCAAAGAUCAAGAGGAGGUGGACACCGUGCUUCCCCUCCAUAUGGACCCUUUCUUGCAGUUUUGCCUGCUGGUCACCUUCACCAUUGUCAUCAUCUCGUCUGUCUUCCCCCCCAUGCUGGUAGCUGUGGUUGUCAUGGGAGCUUUGUUCACCCUCAUUCUCUUUAUAUUCCAGAGGAGUAUCCGUCAGAUGAAAAGGAUGGAGAAUAUCAGUCGCUCUCCCUGCAUCUCUCUCACCACCUCCACCCUGCAGGGCCUCAGCACCAUCCACGCCUACAACAUAAGAGACAGCCACAUAAAAAAGUUCAAGUCACUGAAUGACAUCAACUCCAACCACUAUUUACUGUUUCACUCGGGGACACGUUGGCUCUCCUUCUGGCUGGACUUCAUGGCUGCGUCUAUGACCUUGCUGGUGGCUCUGUUCGUUGUGCUCAGCAAGGAAGAAAUCAUCAGUCCGGCUUUGAAAGGCCUGGCCAUGUCCUACACCAUACAGUUGACAGGCAUGCUUCAGUAUGUGGUGAGGCAGGCGACGGAGGUGGAGGCGAGGUUUAACUCGGUGGAGCGGCUGCAGGAAUACAUCACGGAUUGUAAGUCUGAGGCCCCCAGACACAUAAAGGAGUCUCAAAUCUCAGAGGACUGGCCAAAGAGCGGAGCCAUCACCUUCCAGGACUAUAAGAUGAGGUACAGGGAGAAUACACCCAUUGUCCUGAACGGGCUGGAUAUCUUCAUCCGAGCUGGAGAGAAGCUGGGCAUUGUGGGAAGGACAGGCUCUGGGAAGUCCUCUUUAGGCGUGGCUCUGUUCAGGCUGGUGGAGCCGGCAGCAGGAACCAUCCUGAUAGACGGAGUGGACAUUAUGGCCAUUGGUCUGCAGGAUCUGCGCAGCAAAUUGUCCAUCAUCCCCCAGGAUCCUGUGCUAUUUAUUGGCACAGUCAGGUACAACCUAGACCCCUUCAAUAACUACACUGAUGAGGAGAUCUGGGCGGCGCUGGAGAAGACCUACAUGAAGGACUCAAUCUCCAGACUGGAGGGGAAACUACAGGCGCAGGUGCUGGAGAAUGGAGAAAACUUCUCAGUAGGAGAAAGACAACUGAUGUGUAUGGCCAGAGCACUACUCCGCAACUCCAAGAUCAUUCUUUUGGAUGAGGCAACGGCAUCCAUCGAUGCGGAGACAGACACCUUAAUUCAGAACACCAUCAAAGAAGCUUUCCAGAGCUGUACCAUGCUCACCAUCGCCCAUCGUAUCAACACCGUGAUGAACACCGAUCGUAUUCUGGUCAUGGACAACGGAGAGGCGGCAGAGUUCGACAGUCCAGAUGUACUGAAGCAAAGACCGGACUCUAUGUUCUCCUCACUCCUGACUGCUGCUAACACUGUGAACACCUGAAGAGGGCCAAUGACACCACAGCACCACUACACAGUAACCGCUGUAACAAUCAUUUGCUCAACCAUAUCUUAAACAGUAUUCUCAUACUGUAAUCUGGACUGCUUAUAUCAGGUGUACCUGAGCAGCAGAGAUGGAGUUUGAUAUUAAUGCAGACAUGUUGUUGUGUAAAUAUAAUAAGUAUUUCUUAUCCCUACUGUCUGCUUAAAGAACAUUUUUUGUGGAAGUCAAUAUGAUUUGUUAUGUAUACUGUAUUUAAAACAUAUUAUUUAUUGAUUUUCUAUGUCUUUGUUUGCUGCUAUUGCAAAUUACUAUAUAUGAAGUUUUGAUCUGUUGUGUGAAUAUGUACUGUAUAUGCAUUUGCAAUGUCAAAGAAAUAUUGCAUUUUUAUCUUACAAAGUACCCGUAAAUGGAAAAUAUAACUAAUGUAACAGGGCUUAGUGGUAAUAAAGGAUGUAAAUUUGUAA